AUGGCCCGUUCUGACGGCUUCUCACCUCGGAAAAGCUUGAGGAGAUCUGCCCGAGAACACUCAAGAUCAUAUGUUGGCCAGGGGAGCAACGAUGAUUUUGACGAUAUGUAUUCUCCACCAAGCCGAAGGAGAGGUAGCGGAGGUGGAGACGGGAACGGGUAUACCCGAUCAGGACGGAAAAUCCACCAUUCUCGGUACUACGAAGAAGACUAUCAGGACGCGAUCAGCAGUGAUGAUGAGCGAAUGUACCGACCACGCAGAAACUCGAAUUCCCUCACAUAUCGUCAGCAAUGCAAACAAGCCAUCGAUGAAUCUAAAAGAAUUCAAAAAGUACCACCUGCAAAGCGUAAACGCAUUUACAUGUCAGACGAUGAAGAGGAGUUCGUGGAAACCCGUCAAAUGGAAAACACUGCUCCAGACCGUCCGACACGGCGCAGUUCAAGAAGAAUGUCAUCAACACACGAAGAGCCUGACGUGUUAGAUCAGGAAGAUGUUUCCCCAAUUCGCAGAACCAGAAGAACUACAAUACGUUUCGGUAGUGAACCCGUUGAGGAAAAUAUGGAAGUUCCUCGAGUGCUCGAGACAAACGAUAUGGCUAACGAAGCUAUAGUGCAAGCAGUUGAUAAUACGGAAAAUGGAGAGACAGAAGAAGACGUCAUAGAGAAAAUCGGUAGAGAAGAGGAAGAAGAAGGGGAUGAAGAGGAAGCUGAAAGUGGGGAGAAGGAGCAGGUAGGUUUAUUGUUUCAUAGAAUUUUUAAUCAAGCAUACUUACAGGAGGAUGAGGAGAGUAGUAAUGCAGAAAGUUCCGAAGAGUCAACUGCUCCACGUCAGUAUAGUCUCAGACGUCGUCAACCUGUUGUUCAAUUCAAUCAAUCUGAAGCUCGAGAAAACAGACGGGCUCGUCUCGAACACCAUCGGGCUGCCAAUGCUAAUAGGCACCACAGAAACCGAAACACAUCCAAUCGCCGACGUCGAAGUGGUUCCGACUCUGACAGUGAUGACAUGGUACUGCCAAGACCUGACAAGCGACAAUCCAGACCACAUAUGCACAACCGUGGUGAACGAGAGCGCGGACGGUUUAUGCCAAUUAAUAUGACGGAGAAAGAACUACAGUCAGCUCAGCACAUCCUUAUGGAUAGAAUGAGAAAAACCGAUGCUGGACAAGGUGCGAGUGACAUCGAUCCCAUGAGUGUGGAUUCUUCCGUUGGAUUCGACCAGGUUGGUGGUCUUAGCCACCAUAUUCAAUCGCUAAAAGAAGUAGUGCUGUUUCCUAUGCUUUAUCCUGAAGUUUUCGCAAAGUUCAAAAUCAACCCGCCAAAAGGAGUGGUUUUCUAUGGACCACCUGGAACUGGAAAGACGCUAGUCGCACGAGCUCUGGCAAAUGAAUGUCGACGUGGAGCAAAUAAAGUGGCUUUCUUCAUGCGGAAAGGCGCGGACUGUCUGAGCAAAUGGGUUGGCGAAUCGGAACGACAGCUUCGUCUUCUUUUCGAUCAAGCAUAUGCCAUGCGACCAUCAAUCAUUUUCUUUGAUGAAAUCGAUGGAUUAGCUCCAGUACGUUCUUCAAAACAAGAUCAAAUUCAUGCAAGUAUAGUCAGCACUCUACUUGCAUUGAUGGACGGUUUGGAUGGCCGAGGGGAAGUCGUUGUGAUAGGUGCUACCAAUCGAUUGGACUCUUUAGAUCCUGCGUUGAGACGACCUGGUCGAUUUGAUAGGGAGCUAAGGUUUUCGUUGCCUGAUUUGAAUGCUCGUCGCCACAUUUUGGAUAUUCACACUUCCAAAUGGGAGGAAAACAAGCCGACCCCCGAAACACUUGAUGGUAUCGCUGAAAAGACAAGUGGAUACUGUGGAGCUGAUUUGAAGUUUCUAUGCACAGAAUCGGUGUUGAUUGGAUUACGAUCUCGCUAUCCACAUAUUUAUAUGUGCUCAGAGCGAUUGAAACUUGAUAUCACUACUAUAAAGAUUACCGAAGAGCAUUUCGGGCAUGCAAUGCGACGAAUCACACCAGCUUCAAGACGGGAUCUUACAAUUCCAUCAAGACCAUUGGACGAGAGGACUUCGAUUCUGCUCGGGGACAUAGUCAAAAAUUUAAUAUCACUUCGAAUCCCUCAAGGGUAUCGAUGUGUUGAAAACGCGAUGGCCACAGCAUCGACCGAACUGGAACAGGUAGUACGAGCUUUGGAACCGAAUCUUACUGUACCUGCUAUUCGCCUUCUUUUGUGUGGAUCGCCUUCAUUAUCAGAUGGUGGACAAACAUCCUACGUUCUUCCAGCGAUUCUUGCGAAGCUUGACCAUCUCCCAGUUUUUUCUCUAUCUGUCUCGAGUCUUCUGACAGAUGGCCGACCAGAGGAGGCAUUUUCGAAUGCUGUCCAAUCAGCAAUGCGUGCAUCAGCCACUGGUCCGUGCAUUAUGCUGCUCCCAUCUAUCGACGAGUGGAUCAAGGUCAUUCCAGUUUCUGUUCAACAUAUGCUCAUAACAUGUUUGGAGUCGAUGACUGGUUUCACUCCGAUUUUGUUCCUCUCAACCUUGGAUUCUUCCUUUGAAGAUGCUCCGGAGUAUGCUACUGAAGUCUUCAGACAUGCCAACUGCAUCAGUCUAAAUCCUUCAAGACGGUCUGUGCGUAAACGGUAUUUCGAGUUUGUGAUUGAUGGCGUUCGUCGGAAACCUAAAGUUUUUGACCCUACAAUAUACGAAAUGCCCCAGGCCGACGAUGACUCUCCGGAAGCCAAACCAUCUCGAAAGCUUAAUGAUGAUGAAACUAGAGAACUUCUAAAAAUGUACACUGCUCUGCAGAGGCAAAUGAGGAUGUUCUUCAAAGAACGAUUAUCACGUCUUAUUAGAGAUCGACGGUUUGUGGAAUUUGUGGAACCUGUCGAUCCCGAGGAGGCCGAAGAUUAUUACGAGAUUAUCGAGACUCCAAUAUGUAUGCAAGAUAUCAUGGAAAAGUUGAAUAAAUGCGAGUAUAACCAUGCGGAUAAAUUUAUUGCCGACCUGGUUUUGAUUCAAUCCAAUGCUCUUGAAUACAAUCCAUCUAACACCAAGGACGGGAAACUGAUUCGACAAAUGGCAAACACGUUCCGAGACGCGAUAGAUGAUAUGAUCGACUGUGAAUUGGACGAAUCCUUUGUCGAACGGAUUGAAAUGGUUUCUCGAAUGUUACAAGACGCAGGCGUCACCCCAACAUCUGAUCAGCUGCUUACCGAAAUUCCAAAAGGGUUUUCAAGAAAGAAGCCGUGGACAAUGGCCAAUACUCUAGCAAAGGAAAUUGAACAGUGGAAAGCAGAACGUGAGGCGGAAAACGAGAAACUGAAGGAGAAGCUGGGAAUCUCAACAGAUACAGCACAGAGUGCAAUUGAAGAAAAUAAGAGCGAAGAAGGAACUAGCUCAUCGGUGGAAGAAAUCAAGAAGAAAUUAAAUAAGAAAAAGAAGGACCAAAAGAGAAACAAAAAGGCUAGUUCUCAGGAUCCGGAUGGAGAUGACACUGAAGAGACGGAAGAAGCUGUUGCUGAAAAUAAUGUGGAUGCUGAUGUUGAGAUGAAAGAAACACCUGCAGAUCCCGUUCCGACCAUACAAAGUAGCAGCUCGCAAGAACGAGAAAUUAUUGUUUCAGCAGAUUCUAUCACUGAUUUGAUCAAACUGUGUGUCGAGAAAUCAGAAGGAUGGUCUGUGAGUGAGCUGGAGCGUCUCUCAUCGGUUUUAUCGCAUACGAUUGAAAGAUUCCGCGACGAGUGGAAUCGUGAAAACCUUCCGGAGCAGUUGGCUCAGAUUGUUCGCGAAUGGGAAGCAACCGAUGCGACAAAUGAGAAAAUUGCCAAUGGGAAAGCUUCAAAUAAGAACGGAAUAGUCUUCAAUGGUUAUUGA